AUGAACGAAGAGACGCCGAGCGGCAAGUUCUGCAGGAUCACCGUGGCAGAUACGGCUCGUGAGCUACAUACGUCUGCCACGACUGGUCUGGAAUUUGUGCGGGAUGCCAAUCACCGCCGAAGCGUUUAUGGUGAAAACUCGCUAGACGUUGAUGAAGAUGAGUCGCUGUUCAUGAAUUUUUUCGGCCAGUUCACGGGCGACCCGUUGAUUUUGAUGCUGAUUGCAUCGAGCGUUCUGUCUCUUAUUUUGGGCAAUAAAGAAGACGCUAUUUCAAUUGCCGUCGCGAUCUUUGUCGUAGUAUCAGUGGGCUUCAUCCAGGAGUACCGGUCUGAGCAGAGCCUCAAAGCUCUUAAUACCCUGGUGCCCCCGGGUGCUCAUCUUAUUCGUGAGGGUGUUGAAAGCACGGUGCUUGCUUCCACCUUGGUUCCAGGCGACCUUGUGCAUUUUUCAGUCGGUGACCGAGUGCCAGCAGACGUGCGCAUUGUCUCUGCCGUGCAUUUGACUAUUGACGAGAGCUCUCUAACUGGCGAAACCCAUCCUGUCGACAAGAAUGAGUUCGAAAUUUUAAGCUACUCUGUGCCACCCCUGGGCCAACGAACCUGCAUCGCUCAUAUGGGCACUCUGGUGACCACUGGACACGGAACUGGUAUCGUGGUGGGAACUGGUGCCCGCACAGAGUUUGGAGCCAUUUUCGCCAUGAUGACCGAGAUUGAAAAACCCAAAACACCUUUGCAAAUUUCGAUGGACAAACUCGGAAAAGAGCUGUCGAUUAUGAGCUUUGGUGUCAUUGGCAUUAUCUGCCUUAUCGGUUUGAUUCAGGGUCGCAAGCUUCUGGAAAUGUUCCAAAUCGGUGUUUCUCUUGCCGUUGCAGCUAUUCCUGAGGGUUUGCCCAUCAUUGUUACUGUCACAUUGGCGCUUGGCGUGUUGCGGAUGGCUAAAGCUAACGCAAUUAUUAGAAACCUGCCGUCGGUUGAAACUUUGGGCUCGGUUAACGUCAUCUGCACGGAUAAAACAGGUACCCUCACUCUUAACAAACUUACUGCGUCUAAAAUUUAUGCUGGAGGUGAUCUAGUUUCGGUCUCUGGCCAAGCCCACCCAACACGUGCUCAGUCGGUUGCCCUACGUCUAGGGAGCAUUUGCAAUAACAGCAAGCUCAUCACUGCAGGUGGUGUCUCGAAAUACGUCGGAAAUCCUGUUGAUGUGGCUCUGCAAAACAUUUUGUCUCAUUUUGGCUACGACGAUUUCCGGUCCUCCGUGGCCCGAGUCGCCGAGACACCGUUCGAUUCCAGCCGUAAAUGGAUGGCUGUCGCCGCUCAAAGCUCCAGUGGAGAGACAAUUUUGUGCGUCAAAGGUGCUAUCGAGAUGCUACUACCUAAUUGUGAGAUGGCCAUUGAUAAAGCCGGUCAGCCCGUCCCUCUGAGCGAGAGCAUGCGGGCAGAAAUUACUCGCACUGCUGAUGCCGAAGCUGAUCUUGGCAUGCGUAUUAUGGCACUGGCUUAUCGUGCUAAUAGCCAGGACGUUUCUAAACUCGAAAAACUGGUUUUCGCUGGCUUUGUUUCCAUGUAUGACCCCCCUCGUCCGGGUGUCAAGCGUAGCAUGCGCCGCCUUCUUCAAUGUGGCGUUAAAAUUAUUAUGAUCACAGGUGAUAAUGAGCAUACUGCUGCUUCUGCGGCUAGGGAAGUUGGUAUUCCUGUUCCUACUAGUGGCCCAUCUCUAGAUAACUGCAUCAUGACCGGACCUACCCUAGAGAAGCUUUCACCCGAGGAACUUUCUACUGCGAUUGAAAAUGUUUUGGUUUUCGCUCGUACAACGCCUGAGAUGAAACUCAAGAUUGUGCGGUCGCUUCAGAUGUGCGGUGAUAUUGUCGCCAUGACUGGUGACGGUGUCAACGAUGCUCCCGCCCUAAAACUAGCUGAUAUUGGUGUUUCCAUGGGAUCUGGCACAGAUGUUGCAAAGGAAGCAUCCGACAUGAUUCUCGUGAAUGACGACUUUAGCACAAUCCUAGAUGCUAUUCGUGAUGGAAAAGGCAUUUUCACGAAUAUCAAAGCCUUCUUGACUUUCCAGCUGUCUACGUCGGUAGCUGCUCUCUCAUUAAUUGUGUUUUCCACUCUAUUCAAGCUACCGAAUCCUCUAAAUCCCAUGCAGAUUUUGUGGAUCAACAUCUUGAUGGAUGGACCCCCGGCACAGUCACUGGGUGUUGAACCAGUCGACCCAGCUGUGAUGCAUCAGCCUCCUCGUUCAAGACAUGACCAUGUGUUGACGCCUGCUGUUGGAUAUAGAGUCGCAUUAAGAGGUGCAAUCAUUUUGCUUGGCACAAUGUUUGUUUACAUUCGAGAGAUGAGUGACAACGAGGUUUCUGCUCGCGACACCACCAUGUCGUUUACAUGCUUUGUUUUAUUUGACCUUUUUAACGCCUUGACCUCGCGUUCUGCCACCCGAUCUGUGUUUGACCUCGGAUUCUUUUCUAAUAAAAUGUUCAACUACGCAGUUGGUCUGUCACUUUUGGGACAGCUAGCCGUGAUUUACGUUCCGCCUUUCCAACGUGUAUUCCAGACUGAGGCGCUAUCAUUUAAAGACAUCCUGUUUUUGCUGGUGAUCACCUCUUCCAUUUGGGUGUCUGACGAGUUCAUUAAACGCUGGAUCCGCAAAGAGGCUAUGGAACGACCCUCACUACAAGCUGAGCUUGUUUAA